AUGACGAUUUUUUGCGAUGUUCAUCCUCCUCAUUUAGUUAGUCUUGCUAGCUAUACCACAGAUGAUAACUUCAAACUUCUGGUUAAUAAUCGAGAGUUUUUCAUGCCAACAGCCUUCGCAAUUUCUUUUAGUAAUAAAAUAUUACAAACUUAUCUAACGGAUAAAGCAAUUAAAGCUUAUGUCACAUCCUUCAAGAUAAAAGAAGACAAAACAUACAAAAUGAUUGGUGAUUUAAUCAAAAAUGGAGGCCUAAAUAACUCUUAUGAUAUGAAAUGUAUUACCGAAUUCUUUGAUUUUAUCGAUUCAAUGGAAUGUCACGGAAUACUUAACCUAUUUAAAGAGAAAUUUGAUGCACAAAAUCUUGAUUUUCAUGUUCAAUACUUUAAGUAUUGUUUUAUGGCUGACCAUGAAUCAUCGACAAAGAUAAUAGCAGAGAAUUUUUGUAGAAUACCAGAAGAAAAACUACUUAAUAGCUGUUAUGCAGCUGGAGCAAAAGCUACAAACAUGGUUUUAAAGCAUAAGUCAUUGUUUGUAAAAUGGGAAAAUAAUUUAGUUGAAUUCAUUACUAAAAUCAUCUCAAAAGAUGCCUCCUUCGUUAUUCUUUUAGAGAAUGUCAUUUGGGAAUACGUUAGUGAACCAUUCAAAAGUAGACUUGCUGCUGUAAUGGAUAAAGUUGCCCCAGAAAUGAACAAUGAAGCUGCUGCAUCAAUAUGGCAUUCAAUGAAACCAUUAUUAUCGUUUGAUUUACAAAUUAAUAAAAGAUACCCACGUAAGUGCAUGAUAACACAGAAUAUACUUGCUCAAAGAGAUUUAGAGAUGGCAAAUGGAUCAUCAGAAACAGAAAUUCACUUUGAUUGUUUCGGAUGUAUUCCAUUUUGCUAUAAAAUUAGACAACACGAUGAGUAUGCGUCUGAGAACCAAUAUAUGACAGGAUGA